GCAGCUUGCGGUCAAACUGCACCGGGCUGAUCAUCAGAGAGGAGCAGCAGGGUCAGCCUCUUAACUUUGGACUAACACCGGUCAACAUCUGGAAAACACCGCAAUGCUGCUGCGAGAGGGACCUUCUGCUGCUUUUUUGGCACUUUUAUUGUAUUUCUCCUCUCUGGAGCCAACUGUGGUGCUCGCCUUCAACCUUGAUACCAGUCAUGUCAUCAGGAAAGACGGGGAACCGGGGAGUCUGUUCGGGUUCUCUCUCGCCAUGCACCGGCAGCUCAACCCGGAUCAACGGAUGCUCUUGAUUGGUGCACCGAGAGCUACAGCUCUGGGAAAACAGACAGCCAACAUCACCGGGGGACUUUAUAAAUGUGACAUCACCCAGAACAAUGACUGUCAGCGCAUUGUAUUUGAUAAUGAAGAGAAUGUUCGAGUUGAGAAUAAGGAGAAUCAGUGGAUGGGCGUGACGGUUAAGAGUCAGGGACCUGGAGGAAAGAUUGUGACCUGUGCUCAUCGCUAUCAGAGGCGUUUGUUUGUGAACACCCCUCAGGAGUCCCAUGACAUCACAGGGCGCUGUUACGUCCUGAGUCAGGACCUGACCAUCGACACAUCCUCUGAUGAGGACGGAGGAAACUGGAACUUCUGUGAAGGCAGAGCCAGAGGCCAUGAGAUGUUUGGAUCUUGCCAGCAGGGUUUGGCUGCCACCUUCACCAAGGAUUAUCAUUAUGUGGUGUUUGGAGCACCAGGAGCGUACAACUGGAAAGGCAUUGUACGAGUGGAGCAGAAGAACAACACUUUGCUGGAGAUGGGGAUUUAUGAUGACGGCCCAUAUGAGGUUGGAGAUGAGCAUCUCCUGAACCCUGAGCUGGUGCCUCUACCUGCUAACAGCUAUCUAGGAUUCGCCCUCGACUCGGGACACAGAAUCAUGAGGAGUCGCGGCCUGACGGUGGUCGCUGGAGCUCCCAGAGCCAAUCACAGUGGAGCUGUGGUCUUUUUGAGAAAAGAAAAUGAAGCCUCAGGCAGACUUUUGGUGGAGCACAUGCUGCACGGACCAGGACUUGCAUCCUCCUUUGGAUACGACUUGGCUGUAGUUGAUCUGAAUGGUGAUGGAUGGCAAGACAUAGUGGUGGGAGCGCCUCAGUUUUACAUGAAGGACAGAGACAUUGGAGGAGCUGUUUACGUUUACAUCAACCAGGCAGGAAGGUGGGAAAGAGUCACUUCUGUCCGUCUUAACGGGACCAAAGACUCCAUGUUUGGACUGGCAGUGGAGAACAUUGGAGACAUCAAUCAAGACUCAUAUGAAGACGUUGCUGUUGGAGCUCCACAUGAUGACGGCGGGGCAGGAAAAGUCUACAUUUAUCAUGGCUCUGCUCAAGGAAUCAAAACCACACCUGCACAGAUACUUUCUGGAAAGCAGCACAACAUGAAACUCUUUGGAUAUUCUCUGGCUGGGAACAUGGACUUGGACAGUAAUUCUUAUCCAGAUGUGGCUGUAGGCUCUCUGUCGGACUCUGCUCUAAUCUACAGGGCACGGCCAGUUGUCAGCAUCAGGAGACAUGUCAAAAUAUCUCCACAGGAAAUUGACCUCACAAUAAAAAACUGUGGAAACAGCAUUUGCUUCACUGUAGAGGCAUGCUUCACCUACACAGCAAACCCUGCAUCUUACAACCCAAGACUAAUGAUCAGCUACUCAGUGGAGGCGGAUGGAGAGCGCAGGAAACAGGGGCUUCCCUCCAGAGUGACGUUCCAGAACAAAUCCCGCACAGAAGCAGAACACCAGUUUAAUGGAACCAUAGAGCUCAGAGGGCAAAAACAGGAAAUGUGCACGAAGAAAACAGCCAGACUGAAGGACAAUAUAAAGGACAAGAUGAGAAGCAUUCCUAUUGAGGUGUCUGCAGAAAUCGUGGGCACUAAAAGAAGACAGACAAAGAACAGCCUCCCUCCGCUCAUGCCCAUACUAGACUCCUCUCAGCCCAGUAAAGACAUCAUACAGGUGAACUUUGUAAAAGAGGGAUGUGGGAGGGAUCACGUCUGCCGGAGUAACCUGAAGAUGGAGUACAAACUCUACUACAAACAAAACAACCUGGACAUGGACUCCCCAUUACCCAUGAAGAACAACGUUCCUGUGUUUCAUCUGAACUAUGAGAGGAAGGAUUUAGCUCUGCGAGUGACCGUCAACAACAUGAACGGAGAUGAUGCUUAUGAGGCAAAGGUGGUGGGGACUUUCCCAGAAACACUGUCGUAUUCAGGAGUCCGUUCACAUCAAACAACGGUGGAUAAGCCGAUCAUCUGCACAGCCAAUCAGAAUGGCUCUCAAGCUGACUGUGAGCUGGGGAAUCCUUUUAAACAUGACUCCCAGACUACAUUUUACAUCAUCCUGAGCACGGUGGGCAUGACUCUUGACACCACAGAGAUUAACUUUGUCCUCCAUCUGCAGACGACGAGUGUGCAAGAAAAUAUUGCCCCAGUUAAAGUAAAGGCUAAAGUCAUGAUUGAAUUGCCCCUUUCUGUCAGCGGAGAAGCCAGACCGAAUCAGGUUACAUUUGGAGGUGUUGUUAAAGGGGAAAGUGCCAUGAGGACAGAAGAAGAGAUUGGAAGUUUGAUCAAUUAUACAUUCAGAAUAAAUAACUUGUGGAAGACUUUGACACCUUCUGUCAAAGCCUCACUUCACAUUCAGUGGCCCAAGUAUAACAAAGAUGGGAAAUGGCUUCUUUACCUGGUGAAAAUCACCUCGACAGGACCACAGGAAGUCCUUUGCUCUCCACAGUCUGAAAUCAGCUCUCUCAAGCACAUAAAGGAGUCCUCCGCUUCAAGGACAAAACGUGAAAUUGCCGAAAGAAAAGCUGUUGGAAAAAUGUCUUUCCUGUCUGGCAAAAGUAAAACUCUGACAUGCAACAGUGAGAUCAAAUGUGUGGUGCUACAGUGCCCCCUUGAGGGCCUGGACGGUACUGUGGUUGAACUUAGAUCUCGUCUCUGGAACUCAACAUUUAUUGAGGACUACGCCUCUCUCUCACACUUGAGCAUUCUUGUGAAGGCCUCGCUCAUCCUUCAUACUGAGGUUAAAAACAUGAUCCUACGAACUCCUGACACUGCUGUGACGGUGACAGUGUCUCCAGACAGUGAAGUAGCGCAGCACAGUGGAGUUCCCUGGUGGAUCAUUCUGUUGGCUGUUCUGGCAGGAAUACUGAUUUUAGCUCUGUUGGUGUUUCUGCUGUGGAAGUGUGGAUUCUUCCAACGCUCCAAACAAGACGACAGCGUACCACGCUAUCACGCCGUGCGAAUCAAAAAGGAAACUCCAGAAUGUAAAGAUGGAAAAGUCAAACUGGAUCCUUUUGAUAAAAAGCAGUGGAUGACUUCUUGGACCGAUAAUGAAAGUUACUCGUGACUUGCUUUCCCUUCAAUUGUUUUUCAGAAAACACAAACAAUCAGUUUGAAGCCACAAACACACUGACCUUUAAAUAAUUAGCAAACAUGACUGUGAUUUCAGAAAUACGUCGGCUUCCUGUAUUUGAUUUUUUUACACUGUAUAGAUGUUGAAAUGUUUACGUAUUUUUGUAUAUAUUGAAAUACUUUUGCACACUGUAUAUUUAUUUGAUAAAAUACUUCAGCAGCCAAAGACUUUUUUUCAAUCGUAUGUCUGACUCACAAAGUUUACUGUUGUUUUUAAACGGAGCUGUACUGUUAAAAUCCAAUCCUGAAAUCUAUGCAAGAGAGGUACAGCUAGCUCAGAUGAAUGUAAAUCACUCGUUAUGUUCCAGGUGUUUGAUGCUUCUUGUUUCAGAAAGGUUCAGCUUUGAUCCUCUUUGGAAUGAUUUUAGGUACAUCAUCAUUUCUCAUUAAGCUGUAAAAAUAAGUACAGCUUUUGUUUGUUUUCUUUUCUCUUGAAGCUGCACUGUAGUGGCACUCAGGUAGCAUCGACUGUACAGUAGCUCAUCACUGAAAAUAACUCUGUUCUGUGUGACGAGUCCAAAGGGAAGAUUUGGAAAGCAAUGUGUGUUUUAUAGAAGAAGAAAAGGUGAAUGUCUUCUUUAAUUGUCAAAUAUAAAACAAAUGUUUUAAACUGAUUGCUACUUUGGAAUUUCUUCACACCAAGAAUUCAAAUUGUUUACAAAACUGAUACCAGUUUUCAACUUCUAUCUGGUUUCACUAAUAACACCAAAAAAACUGUUUGUGACCCAAUACCAUCAUAUAUAUGUGUAACCCAUGUAUGUGUGUUUCUUUGUGUUUUCUUCUGUCAGUGAAUGCAGAGUCAGAUGA